GCCCCUACCCGGCCCGGAGCAGGCUCCCCUCCUCAGUCGCGGCCGAGUCUCGCUGCGCGUCGGACGUGCGCUCCGCGGGGUUAGCGCCACCCCUUUCAGCCUCAGCCUCCCCGCUCUCGAGAGCGUCAGCCACGCCGCCGAGCCGAGCGGGGGGAGAAGAGGGUACCCAUGCCUCGGACCGACGGCCAAAGUUGUUGUUGUUUUUGUCGUCGUCGGCGCUGGUGUUCGUUCAAAGUGAGCCGCCGGGGCCGGGACUGACCGGGCGGGUAGCACGCGGCCGCCGCAGCCGGCGCCGGGCGGCAUGGGGACGGAGGCCGCCGCCGGACCGUACGCCCCGACCACCGCCGCAGCCUAAGGGAGGAUGCCCGCCUGCGCCGCGCUGUGUCUCGCCCUGUGGAUCGCAGCCCCCGCGGCCCCCGCUGGCGGUGCCCCUGAGGCCCCGGGGGCCGCCGCCACCGCCGCCGCCGCCGUCCCCUCCGCCUCCCCCCUGACGGGGCUGCCCACCUCUGGCGAGUCGCUGCUGCAGCGACGGUGGCGGCUGGACAGUCCGCUGCCCACUCUCUGGGGCCCGUCGGGGGCGGGGGCGGGGGCGGGCCCGCCCGAACCAAGAGGAGAGUCGGACGAAGAGCUGGGCGGGCGGCAGCACUACCCGGCCCGGCGGUCGCUGCACUGGCUGCCCAGCGGGCUGGGCACCAACUGGGACCUGCGCGGCGAGAACGCGCACCCCGUGCGGCACCCCAAGAGCCAUCACGGCCGGCACCACGGCCAGCACGCGCCGCACCCCACGGCGGGCGCCCCGGCCGCGAGCAGCAGCGCCAGCGAGGCCUUCACGCCCACGACCUCCGCCGCGACCUCCUCGACGAGGACUGCCAUCAACAGGACCCUUGGCCGAGUUGAAUUUAAUAGCCUAGUCAAAUGUCUUAGUGACAUGCCAGUACCAAUUUACAGCUAUAACGGAAGAAUCCGUGAAUGGUCACCUUGGACUGCUCUAAAUUUGUACUGGCAUGUCACCUUAGGAUACUAA